AUGCACGAAGGCAUCAGCAGCAGGAGCAAGACGGCGGCUCCUGGUGCUCGUGCGCUCGCUGAACGACCACGCGGCCAAGCUCUCGCCACCAGCUCGUCGCCUGCCGCCGCCCCAUCGGCCUCUUCGCCAGCAGGCGCUGCUGGUACAUCUAGAGACCCAGUCGUUGCUGCGCUGGGCACAUAUAACAACAAUAUGCCAGCGUUCCCAGGCAAUGCUGCUCCGCCUGCUGGCCCGCUCUCGUCUCCACUGGCUCCUCGCGGCAGUGCCAAUCCCCUUGCCGCUCAGCAGUCACCAGCAACACCAAGCCGGCCAGAGCCACUGCAAAAGAAGGCAGGUGAUUACGCUCGUGAUCACCGCUUCCACGCUCGCGGCCAGGAGAUCAGCAAGCUCUCCUGGUCAGAUUUCCAGCGCCUGACCGUCGUCGAGCGCCUCAAGUACCAAGACUGGUACGAUCAGGCGUUGAACGAGAUGGAGAGUGCGGCGAAGGAGAGCGUGACAUACGCGAGGAGCCAGAAGCAGCGGGACGACGAGGCGGAUGUGUUUCUUGCUGGCGUGAGGGGGCAGAGGCUAGCCUGGGUCCAACAGACAGGGCAGUACGUGGAAGAGUACGGCAGAAGCAUCCGUACUGGGCUCGCGAUGGUGAGGGAGGAGAGAGACAUCGCCGCCAAUUUGAAUGAGCGCGUGAAGGAAGUUGCGGUGGUGGCCACGCCGGAGCUGGGCAGCGAGAAGGUACAGAAAGCCAUACGAACGGCUCUCGAGCAGGCAGAGAGUUAG